AUGUUGGCAUUCACCAACAUCACUUGGUUCGACCUAUGCCUUGCAUGUGUCGGAGCGUAUCUGUUAAAGCAGGUGUUCAACAAGAAGAAUCCUGCACCGUAUCCCCCUGGUCCUCCUGGGUGGCCUCUCAUCGGGAACGUCCUAGACAUGCCCCGCAUCAAGCCCUGGCUUACCUUCGCUAUGUGGGGCAAGAAGUAUGGUGAUAUCUCGCAUAUCGAGGUUCUGGGUCAACAUAUCAUGGUGGUGAACUCUGUCAAGACUGCGAUGGACAUGUUGGAUAAGAAGAGCACUGUGUACUCUGACCGUCCUAUUUUUCCUGUUGGCGGUGAACUCGUUGGCUGGAAGCACUUUAUGACUCUUCUCCCUUACGGUGACCAAUUACGCCGGUACCGCAAGAACUUCCACCGCGUCAUUGGCAGCCGCGCUGCAGUGGACAUAUACAGCCAGAUCGAAGUGGUCGAGACUCGCCGAUUCCUUAAGCGCGUGUUUACGACACCCGACCAAUUACAGGAACAUAUUCGAGACACCGCUGGGGCUAUCAUUCUGCGCAUCUCUCAUGGUUAUGAAGUGAAAGAGAGCAAUGAUCCCUUUGUUGACCUUGCAGAUCGUGCUAUGGACCAAUUCUCGCGUUCUACUGCUCCUGGUGCCUUCAUGGUUGAUUUUAUGCCAUUCUUGGCCAAGGUCCCCGAGUGGUUCCCUGGUGCCGGCUUCAAGCGUCUAGCCCGUGAAUGGCACGAGACCCUUGAUGAGAUGGUUUCUGCACCCCACAAGUUCGUCAAGGAUCAGAUGGCUGCUGGCAUUGCCCCGAAGUCUUUUACCUCGGAUCUGUUGGAAGGCCGUACUCUGUCUGUGGAAGAUGAUCACGUUGUGAAAUGGUCUGCUGGAUCUCUAUAUGCCGGCGCUUCCGAUACGACUGUUUCUACAAUCUACUCGCUCUUCCUGGCUAUGUCGCUAUUCCCUGAUGUGCAGAAGAAGGCUCAGGCUGAAAUAGAUGCUGUUGUCGGUCCUGGUCGUCUUCCCUCCUUCGCCGACCGAGACUCUCUUCCCUACACUGAGGCGCUUGCCAAAGAAGCUCUACGAUGGCAUGCUGUUGUCCCUACCGGUUUCGCCCACUGUGUUACUGAGGACGACAUCCAUGACGGGUACUACAUUCCAAAAGGUUCCUUAGUGAUACCUAACAUUUGGUUCAUGCUCAAUAAUCCGGAGACAUAUGCCAACCCCUCACAAUUCAACCCUGAACGGUUUUUGGCUAAUAACGGAAAGAAGCCUGAGACAGAGCCUCGCACAAUAUGCUUCGGCUUUGGAAGACGUAUCUGUCCAGGUCUCCACCUCGCUGAAGCCUCCGUCUGGAUAUCCACGGCGAUGUCAUUGGCCGUAUUCGAUAUCUCCAAGGUCGUCGAGAACGGCGUUGAGAUCACCCCUGAGGUUGAUCCCUCGUCAGGCACGAUCAGUCACCCCAAAUCCUUCAAGUGCUCUAUUAAGCCUCGCUCUGCCAAAGCCGUUGCACUCAUUGAGCAGGAUGUUAGCCACUAAGCGCACAAUCAUGAACUACACAUAGGAAGGUACUUGUUGUGGGUGGCUAUUUUCACACUGACUAUCGUAGUCUAUGCCACCUGUAAGGAUAUCAUAUCCUUUACGCGCCGACCGAUACUUCAGAUCGAAGCGCGAACGUUCUUAGUACCUAUCGAUGCGAAGAGUUUUAGUCUUCGCAUCCGCCCUCGUGUACUUAGAUUUUGGCAGUUGACGUUUCUUCUUUCCUACCUUUUCACAAUUUCGCACUUUCACUCAUGACUCAAGUCUCGCGAACUCGUUGCACGCAGACGCGUCAUUUACAACCAUACAUUUGUCCCUUAUCGUUCCUUUCUUCCUCCUACCCAGAAUAGGUGAGCCACUCGAGCCACUCCAAACUACGAUACAAAAAGACCUCUGUACGUAACAGUCUGUACGUUGACAUUGUCGAUUUCAGUGCGUUUUCAACCCAGUCUAGCCUGAGA